AUGGCAACGCCGAGCAGGCGCGGGCGUUCUUGGCGGAGAAGCGAACGUCCGCCGCUGGACACUCCGGAGCGUCUGAGCCCGGCCAAGAGGUCGAAGCCCCUGGAGGACAAAACCCCAUCGCACGACCAGACGCACGUCGCCCGGCAGCACUCCUCCCUGCAGCAGCAGCAGCAGCAUCAGCAGCAGCACCAGCAGCAAGCCCCGGCAGCGCCGGCGCCCGGCAAUGGCGGCGGCGCGGUGCCCAUGGCGGCGGCCGCCCUGCUGCGCUGCCCCCUGUGCCAGGACGCGCUGAGCAGCCGCAUUCACCUGCAGCUGCACCUGACCCACCUGCACAGCGUCGCCGCCCACUGCAUCCCCAUGCUCAUGCAGACGACUCGCAUCGAGAGCCCGGUGAGAGCUCGCCGAGACCCCCCGGUGAGCGGAGUUCGGUGCCGCCACCGCAAGCGCCCGCUGCCCUACGACGCCGCGGUGCUCGUAAUUGGCCAUCCCGGCUUCAGCGGUGCCCUGCGGUGA